AUGGUAGCAAUUGAGGUUUUACAUUUUAUGAAAGCCAAGACGCGAGGGGAAGACAGAUAUGUUUCUCUAAAACUUGAUAUUAGCAAAGCCUAUGAUCGUAUGGACUGGAAUUAUUUGAGGGCUGUUUUGAAUAAGAUGGGUUUUCAUAACCGUUGGAUUCAUUGGAUGUGUAUGUGCGUCGAAUCAGUGGAUUAUUCUGUGCUUGUAAAUGGUACACAGGUCGGUCCUAUUAUUCCAGGGCGGGGUGUCCGUCAAGGGGAUCCUCUCUCUCCGUACUUGUUUAUUAUUUGUGCAGAAGGUUUAUCUUCGCUUAUCAGAGAUGCCGAGACAAGAGGUGUCCUCACCGGUACAAAGGUUUGUUGUCAAGCACCGUCAAUUUCUCAUCUUUUAUUCGCUGAUAAUUGUUUUCUCUUUUUCAAAGCUAACAAGGAUCAAGCACAUGUUAUGAAGCAUAUUCUAUCCACUUAUGAAUUAGCUUCUGGUCAAGCGAUCAGUUUACCAAAGUCUGAAAUAUAUUGCAGUCGUAAUGUUCCUGAUGACCUCAAAGCUAACAUUACAGAUAUUCUAGGCGUCCAACUUGUGUUGGGCACAGGUAAAUAUUUGGGCUUACCUUCUAUGAUAGGUCGAGAUCGAAAUGCUACUUUUGCUUACAUCAAGGAUCGUGUUUGGCAGAGAAUCAAUUCCUGGAGUGGUAAGUGUCUCUCUAAAGCAGGUCGAGAGGUUAUGAUAAAAUCUGUUUUGCAGGCUAUUCCUUCUUAUGUGAUGAGUAUCUUUCAGCUUCCCACUACCUUACUAGACUCAAUUGAAAAGAUGAUGAACUCCUUCUGGUGGGGCAACGGUAAAACAACACAAAGAGGGAUUCAUUGGAUGAAUUGGGAGAAGCUUUCAGCACCAAAGAUUCACGGAGGUAUGGGUUUCAAGGACCUAUCUGCUUUUAAUUUGGCUAUGUUAGGUAAACAGGGAUGGAAAUUUAUUACAGAACCAGAUUCUCUGGUGUCUCGAAUUUUUAAAGCUCGUUACUUCCCCUCUGGCUCCUAUCUCACGGCCACUGUUGGGCACAACCCCAGCUAUGUUUGGCGCAGCAUCAUGCGUGCUAGAUUUAUUGUGGUUAGACAAGUUUUUAGUGAUGAUAUAGCAAACAAAGUACUACAUACGCCAUUGAUUUCUCAGGUUGACGAGGAUAGAAUUAUAUGGAAAGCGGAAAGGCACAGACGUUACUCUGUUUGGAAUAGAACAGGUCUUUGGGGUUCGGUGCAACACGCCCUUUCUACCACUGCCUCAGCUUCGGAAGCUAUAUUUUAUCUGUUGGAGACUUUGUCGGUUGAAUUAAAACAACAUAUGUCAUCUGUAUUAUGGAGUAUAUGGAAGCACCGCAAUCUCAGAGUGUGGGAUGAUGUAACAGAAACAAGUGCCGCGGUUGUCGAGCGUGCUAGAAACAUGCUUGCAGACUGGCAACUGGCUAAUGCUCCGGAUGUUCUUGUAUCUAGAUCGAAUCAUCAACCAACAACGGCCUCCACCUCUCAACAACAUCGAAUCACGUGGCAGCCUCCCGUGGCCGGAAGAUACAAAUGUAACAUCGAUGCGGCCUUCUCUUCUCACGUCAACCGUACAGGUAUUGGUAUUUGUGUUCGCGAUGCAGAAGGUACGUUUGUUCUGGCUAAGACUAUGACAUACCCUUGUACUGUUCAGGUGGAAGUGGGUGAAGCUUUAGGGCUGCACUCUGCUUUGCAAUGGUUGAGUGAUAUGCAAUUUGACAAUGUGGAUUUCGAAACAGACUCUAAGUUGACAGCUGAAGCCUUCCUUUCUACUAGAAACGACUUGUCCGAAUUUGGAUGCAUUAUUUCCUCAUGUCGUUCUUUGUUCAGUACUUUCUUUUCUAACUCUAGGGUGGAGUUUGUUAGGCGACAAGCCAACGUGGUUGCUCAUGCUCUUGCAAGGGAGGCCACGUCUUUAACUAGUCCCGCCGAGGCUCCUCUUGAGUAUCAACUUAUUGUUGGACUUGUUCUUCAUCAAAUAUUGCAGGAAGUUAGGAACAACUGGAUUAGAACUCCUCUCCUUCUUAUUCCAAUUCCAAACUUCUGA